AUGAAAUCCCACAGCCCUUUACAGUCGUUCCCCACUGUUCUCUGUUUUCUCGCCUGUAUACUUCUUCAACUUCAUCCCGUUUCAAGUAAUCCGGCGGAAUUUUAUGAGACCUGUGGGAAUGAAUUCAGCUGCGGCAACAUCACCGGAAUAGGAUAUCCUUUCCGGGGAUACGAAGAUCCCGCAUACUGUGGCCAUCCCGGGCUAGAGCUAAGAUGCGAUCAGAGCAGUAAUGUUACGAGACUCGAGAUCAAGAACAUGACAUAUUGGGUCUUGGAUAUCCAGCCAAACGCCCAGACUUUGAGGGUUGCUAGAGAAGACGUGAUGGAGAAUCACUGUCCUACUGAUUUAGUAAACAUGACUUUAGAUUACACCCUGUUUGAUUACUCCGCGAGUUAUAUAAACGUCACGUUUCUCUAUGACUGCCUAGUCAAUGUGCCCAAUGUUCUUUUCUCAUGUGGGAACAAUAGUCUGUCUGCCUUGCCUGGAGACCUUGGUGCUGGACUGUGUAAGGCCAGCGUGGUAUAUCCGGCACUUCAAACGGGUGAUAGAGGAUCCUUUAAUUUUACGGGCUUGGAUCAAGUCCUCCGGCAAGGGUUCGACAUCAGAUGGAAAGUGGAUACUGGUAUAUGCAAUGAGUGCACCAGGUCCGGUGGAAGGUGUGGGUACGGCGGUGGCACAAAUCAAAAUGAAACUACUUGUUUCUGCCCAAAUCAGCCCUAUGUCGAAUCUGUUGCUUGCUCGUCAAAUUCAUCACCUUCUAGAGGUACUACGCUAGUAGUAGUGGUUUUUGCUCUUUAA